AUGGAUCAAAAUAGUAAUAAUAAUAAUAAUAAUAAUAAUAAUAAUAAUAAUAAUAAUAAUAAUAUUAACAUUUUAAACAAUAGUAGUAAUACUAAUAAUAAUAAUGAAAUAACCAAUAAAAAACUAACUCUAUUGAAUCAAAGAAAAACAACGGAUUUCAGUAAAGAAUGUUUAUCAUGUCAUUUAUUAAGUGGUGGAAUAUUCACAGUAAUGGGCGUUUAUCAACUUUAUUCAAUACAAUCAUACCCUCAAAGUAAAAAAUGGUUAACUUUUAUUGGAACUUCUCUUUUAUCAUUUGGUGUUUAUUGGGGUGCAGUUCAUCCAAUUAUAAAUAAAGACCAAUAUGAAUAA